GGGCCAAUUGUCGCUUGACUUUGGAGUUCACCAGGGAUCCGUACUACUCACUACACUAUUACUACUUAACUAUACUAAUGUAUGUUACCGUAUUGUUGUAUAAUAUGUCUAAUAUACUUCUUAAUACUACAAUUGGUAUAAUCGGAGGAUAAUCUGGUAUAGCAAGUAUCAAGAGGAUAACUGAAGAGAUGUGAGAAUGUACAGAUGGAAAGUGAUUCGAGAUAUCUUUUAAGGUAUUGUCCCUUGGGUUUAUCGUAGUAUGGCACAUAUGUUACAUUUGAUAUCCAUUUGGAGAUCAUAUACACACUUGGAAAUAUUACUCCAGAUAACACAUGCGAUGUCGUACCCUUCCAUAAUCCCUUAAACCCAUAGAUUCCAACAGUUCCUAUCACAUUAUUAUACUACUGUAACUAUAUUUAUAGCGUAAAUAUAAGAGUAACAAGACGAAAUUGUGGGCUAAAUAAGGCGAAAUUAGGGGUGAUUGGGAGCAAAUUACCUUUAAAAAUGUUAACUGGCGUAGUAUUCCUAAUGUUAAAUAGUUUAAUAAAAUUAUAUGAUCCAAUUUGGGAGAGAAGCGAGGCUCGGAUAAGGGGCGAUAAAAUAAAGCGUUGAGAAGAUAAAGGGAUCACAUGGGAUAAGUACUGCGUUAAAUGUAAUCUUACAUCUGUCACGCGCUUCUUAUUCCUCUUAAUAUUUAUACUCCUCAAACGCUCCUUUAUCCUCUCAUACUGCGUCAUAUCAAAUAAUAAAUUAUUUUUCCGACACCAUACUUUUUAUAUUAAUUUAAAUAAUUUCAUUAUUCGUUUAAUAUUUUAUUUUUAGAGAAAUUUAAAUUUUGGAAAUUUUAGAAAAAUUUGAAAAAAUUAAAAAAUUUGAAAAUUUGAAUAAUUUGACUGUGUAAUGUUGGAUGGGUAAGAAGAACGAGCUUUUCUAUAGAAGACUUUUAAUUUUCAUACACAUCACUUUAGUUUUAAUUAUUCUCUCCUCAGGUUCACUGGCUGGCUUAUAUUAUUCAAAGCCUUUUAUUCAUGUUGGUUUAAAGUAUCCACAGGAGCAAGUGAACGUUUGGCACAUGACAUCAGAUGGCGACUCAAUCUUAACUGGCGGAAACUUUAAAACCACAAUCGCAGUUUACAACACUUCAGUCUUUCCAAUCACCUUCGAAACUCAACACGUUGAUCUUUUCUACUAUCCAAUCGGGGAACGACCCUCUUGCAUGCUAUUACACUCCAGUGAUUACCAUUUUGAUCCGAUGAGUGACAGUUCAAGUAUUUCCAGGAUUUACAACACAAUUAACCGGAACAACGAAUCAUUCUUCAAACUCUCUGAUCUCAAAAUAACGAUGGGCACGAGUGGAUGGGAUUUCAGUGGUCCUAGGUAUAAAGAACUGAUGUGGAACAUUGGUUAUUCGGUUCCUUAUGCUGAGUUAAACACUAUAAAACGCAUUUACAUGGACUGUGUUAAGUUUGAAAGGGUAUUAUUCUCCAUACAGUUGAGGGCAAACGUGCUCAAUUACCUCUUCAUGAGGAAGGAAAUUGAAAGUACAUUUGAGCUUUUAAUACCUAUGGAAUGCGCUAUUGAUCCCAGCGUACACGCGCUAUUUCACUCUCAUAACGCCUCAAAUGAGCCCAUAAUCUUCAAGAAUCUCAAACACAACUCACUCAACUUCAAUACCCAAUAA